AUGAUGGGAAGAUCCAUUCAUGGAAUCGAAAGUAAAUUCAAUCAAUCAACCACCAUAGAAUCCAAUCACCAAUCCAAUCCAAAAGAAAGAUACAAAUAUCUUUCGAGAAGAAAAAAAGAAGUGGAAAUCGAACUAAAUGAACAAUUUGAAGUCUUGAAAACCAACCAAACAGAUCUAAGUUCAUCCUUAAUCGAUCGUCAAGGAUUUCCUCGAGACGAUAUCUUAGAUUUACCUUCAGUUAGAGUUUCAAGAAGUAGGAUCCAUGAACUGAAAAACGAUCUAAGACAGAUCAUCGAAGAGUUAUCCAAAACCUUACCCUUAAUUUUAAAACCAUCUUCUACACCAACACCACAAGAAAGCCCAACGAAUCUAAUGAAACCGUUUGCUCAAGUUGAUUUGGAUUCCGAUCAUUCUCCUGCUUAUGAUUCGGGUAUCAGAGCUGGUGAUCAAUUGAUCAGAUUCGGUGAUAUUGAUGUUUCUAAUCAUGAUAAUUUAAAAGCUUUGGUUUCCUUUACAAAAGAAAAUGAAGGUAAUCAAAUUGAUGUCGUUUGGUUUAGAACUUAUCAAGAUGAUCAGAAUGGUGGUGGGGAGAAAAGGUCUAUGAUGUCUAAAACUUUGGUUCCGUGUUCUGGUUGGGGUGGUAGAGGUUUAUUAGGGUUUCAUAUUGUUCCUAUCUAA